AUUUCGAUAAAGUGUGAAUAUUGUGUUUCCUAUCAUUACUACUUAGCUGAGCAUUUGAUAGAUAGCAUGUUGAUCCGUCUGAACAAGAAGAGUCAAGACAAGAAAUGCUAGCUGGCUAAAAACAAUCACUCGGAUGCUUAUUAGCUAAAUUAGCUAUCCAGCUGCCAGAGAUUCCGGUUUUGUGGGGAUUUGGACUGCCCAGACUGGGUUCUUGCCGAAAUCAGCACUUUGGCGAAAAUCUCAAGUGUGAAGAUGAAACUCCUCUGUGUCCAGGUGUUGAUGGAUAUGCUGGGAGAGGGCAUUGAUUAUGACAAAGUUUCAAAGCUAACUGCAGAUGCAAAGUUUGAGAAUGGAGACAUCAAGGCCAGUGUAGCCGUGUUGACCUUCAUCCUCUCCAGUGCAGCCAAACAUGAUGUGGACAGUGAAUCUCUCUCCAGUGAGCUGCAGCAGUUAGGACUCCCUAAAGAACACACCACAGGACUGUGUAAAUCCUAUGAAGACAAGCACAUUGCCCUGCAGGAGAAGCUAAGGGAGAGCAGUCUGAGAUUGGGUCGGUUGGAGGUAGUGUCUUGGCGUGUUGACUACACCUUGAGUUCCAGUGAGCUUCAGGAGGUUAAUGAGCCCACAGUGCAGCUCUGUCUCCAGACCCAAGGGGCAGAGACUGGACACACGGAGACCACCAUCGUCUCUGUGUCUGCAGACAAGUUCAGAGUCCUGCUGACAGAACUAAAACAAGCACAGGCCAUGAUGAAUGCACUACAAUGAAGCAAGACUCUAAAAGUUUUGAUUAAUGAUGCAGUGACUGGAUCAGAAGAAAGUCAAGCAAGAGUGCAAGACAUUGACAGAAUAUCAUACAGGAUGAGUGGACCAUGAUCUUUUGAAUGUAUUUUGUACAUUGUGUUUAUUCUAUAAUUGUUAUUAAAUAUGUUGAUGUAUU